UUCCUUCGUCGAUGAGGUCGGCUAGGGAGGUUAAUUGGAUAGCCCGUCGACUUGGUGAAGCAAAUUGCCGAAUACUUCGAUUGCGUGGGCUUUGAUCUGAAAGUGGUCGUCUUCAAUUGUCUUUGUUGUCUUCCACCUUAAUCUUGUGGUUUGGGCAUCCGAUUUGGCUGCGGGGAGAUGCAGAGCAGGUCGAGGGUCUCGGAGAUGCUGACCAGGAGCUUCAAGCCCCAGAAAUGCAAGACGUCGCUGAAGCUGGCGGUGUCUCGUAUAAAACUGCUCAAGAACAAGCGGGAGGUGUUAGUGAAGCAGAUGCGGCGGGAUUUGGCUCAGCUCCUGGAGACUGGACAGGAGCAAACCGCUAGGAUUCGGGUUGAACAUGUUAUAAGAGAACAGAAGACUAUGUCAGCAUAUGAGCUCAUUGAGAUAUAUUGUGAAAUCAUUGAUUCACGUUUACCAAUAAUCGAGUCACAGAAGGCUUGCCCCAUAGAUCUGAAGGAAGCAAUAUCAAGUGUAAUAUUUGCAUCCCCAAGAUGUGCAGAUAUCCCAGAACUUAUGGAUAUUCGUAAACAUUUAACAGCAAAGUAUGGUAAAGAUUUUGCUAAGGCUGCUCUUGAACUUCGGCCAGAAUCUGGAGUUAGCCGUAUGAUGGUUGAAAAAUUAUCAGCAAAUGCACCUGAUAUUCAGACAAAAGUUAACGUCAUGACUGAAAUUGCUAAAGAACAUGACAUCAAAUGGGAAUCAAAAGCAUUUGAGGAGCAAGUUCAAAAGCCUAAGGAUGACUUGCUGAGUGGUCCAUCCUCUUUCAGUAGUUUGGAUAAGAUGGAAAUUAAAUCCUUCAAUGAGAAACCCUCAUUUGUUCAUGGACAGAAUAGUGAAUCGACUACCACAGUCUCUCCAUAUAAUACUACAAGUCAACCACAAGUCAAAUCAACACUUGCUGAGGAAGAGAAUGUGCAUGGUUCUAAUUGGAAACUUGAAUUUGAGGAUGCGACUUCUGCUGCUGAGGCAGCUGCUGAAUCUGCUGAAAGAGCUAGCAUGGCAGCUAGAGCUGCUGCUGAAUUAGUAAGGAGUGGGAAUGUUUCUAGCCCGUCUUUUGGUAAUGCACCAUCUGCUUAUGUUAUGAAAAAUGAAGGCUCUCAGUCAACAAAAAGCAAAUAUCAGGAUAGGAAUUACACUUCUCGUUUAGAGACAUCUGAGGAUACUGAUCGAAAAGGUUCUGAGUUUGUGAAACCAAAGACACAAGAUGUGCAGAAAGAUGACUUGGUAAGGACCAACAAAUUAACUGAAGAUGAAACCUCAAAUAAUAAUCUCGAUGGUAGAGAAAAACCGAUGUCAGAGAAGACUCAGUUCAUUGGUUCGGCAGUCCAUCCAGUAUCAGGAAAUAAUUUUCACCAAGAUGACACCAAACCGCAUCAUUAUGCUCAAGGAAGCCUUUCGGAUAGUAGAUCUGCAUCUAAGUCUGAUGCUGAUGAUAGUGAUAAUGCUGAAGGUAAUGAUGAUAGUGUUACAGACUAUGAUCAAGGACAUGACACAUAUCCUUUUUCAAUUCAUUCUAAUAUCUUCAAGGAAAAUAAAACAACGGAUUAUGUUGAGGAUCAAACUGAAGCCCAUUCUUUCAGUGUACAUUUUGAUGACUAUGAUGAUCAAUCAAGGCACAAUGAAAGGAACUUGUUAGACUCAUUUUUGCCGCAACAAAGAGGAUAUCCUAGUCCCUCAUUAAACACGGACUCCUGGAGAAAUAAGGAGAGUGCAACUGGAUUUCUAAAUAAUGAAUUCAUCUCCUCACAUUCUUUCAUAGAACAACAACAAACAGAUUAUUCUGAGAAGAUAGAAAAGGCUGAUUUUCAGGAAGAUUCAGAUGGCAAACUGCCUCCAAAGUAUGACUCGCCAAAAUAUGACUCUGGUUCAGAAAAUGAAAUCGAGAUGGAGAAAGCAAAUGCUGGAGUUCAAAACAACGAAAUCAGAUCCUCACAUUCAUUCUCAGAACAACACCAAAGUGAUCAUUCAGAGAAUAUCAGAAAGGCUGGCCCUCAGUCGGAUUCUGAUGACAAUCUGCAUCCGAAAUAUGACUCACCAAGAUAUGAUUCUCCUUCAGAGAGUGAAGACGAGAUGGAGAAGGUGAAUUUAUUGGAGCGCAGGGGAUCAAGCAAUUUUGUAGAUGCUGAUAACAGUGCUGGGAGAGGCCCAUUACCAGCACAACCUAGUCAUAGAACCAGUUCCAUGGAUGAUGGCAUGAUAUUUGAUGAAGGUAAUCAAGUUUCACCUUCCUUUCAUAAUGAAAGAAAUCUUGAAGUCGAAAAAGGUUCUAAUGAUAAGGAUCGGAGAUCUGGUCUUAUUGUGCAUAAUAACCAGCAAAGUCAAAGAAUUGACAUAUCUUCUCACUCUGAUGAUACAGUGCGAGGAUCAACAGAAGAAGAAUCAGAAGAUGUAACUGCAUCAAAUGAAGGGUAUGACAGUGGAGUCCUGAACUUUGGUAGAUUGUCUGGUGGAUUGAGGAAUAAAGGAUACACUGGUCCAUCUCAUUUACAAAAAAGCAAUGCUGAUGUUUUAUCCAGGACAAAACUAAAUUCUUAUGAUACUUCUCUUAACAACAAUGAAGAGAUAAAUGUCAGUGCAGCAGUUUUUUCGGCAGACAUUGAAGAGAAACAGAGUAAAGAUUUGCAUACAAAUGCUUCCAGGAUUAAGAUAAGAGCUUCUAGAGCUAAUACGGAUACUAGUCUUGGUAGUGAUGGGCGGUUGGCAGAUGGUUCAUCAAGAUCAGUUUACUCUGAGUAUAGAACUGAGGAUUUGGGCAGUCCAGUUUAUGAGUCAAAUCUCCAGCAGCAAGAAGGAAAAGAGCUUAGCAAAACAUUUUUAAGAACCUCAGCAACAAGCCCAAGCGUAGACAGCAACACAGAGCAAAUUUAUGCAACUGGGGCUAGACAGUCAAGAGACAGUGUUCGGACCUUCCGAAACCAGAAGUUGAACAUGCAAAUUAAAACACCAUCAGAAUCUGAAGUCUCAGAAGAGGGACUUGACAGUCAGAAAGCACAUGUGAGACCUUAUAAUGCCUUGAGCUCCAGAAAGCCAAUCAGUAACUCUAAUUUUGAUGACAGCGAGACGGACAACCUUGGGUCACAAACCGCUUCUGUAAUAGGAGACGGAAAUGCUAUUAAGUUUUCUCGAAGAACAAGACCCGCAGCACAAGUUAAAGAAGACAAAGCCCCAACCAUAUUGAAUCCUGCAAGGGAUUCACAGGCUUUUCAAUUAAAGUCUGCAACUGGAUCUUCUUUUGCCAAAAUAAAGCACUCUGAAGAUUUUGAGGGCACCGAGAGGUCUCAGCAUCGACAACCGUACUCAUUGACCCAAGAAGCUCCAGUGAAACACUUGCUAACUGAACCAUCCACCAUUAGCGAAAGUAUGAAAUUAUCUCAGGAUAAGUCAAGGCAGUCUUCUGUUAAAGAAAAAAACGAAAAAUCAACUACGACCAAUUCAUAUUCAAAAGCAACUUCACGUGAACCUUCAGCGAAACACUUGCCAACUGAGCCAUCUGCAGUCAGGGAAAGUAGUAGGUUAUCCCAAGAUAAGUCUAGGCAUCCUCCUGUUGAAGAAAAUAAUGAAAAAUCUACUGCAACCAAUUCAAGUUCAACAUCAAUUUCACGUGAAAACUCUUCAAAAAAUUCAUCUCAUGUUCAUCCCAACCUUCCUGAUUACGACUCUAUUGCCGCUCACUUUCAGUCACUUCGAGCAAAUGUGCGUAAGUAGGCAAAUUGCUUCUUCUUGUUGGGGCAGUAAUUUUGCACAGUAGAAGUUUGUUGGGUAAACAUUGGCUUGUUCAUUUGUGGAGAAUUAUUUUGAUUGUUCGAUACAAAGUUUGUUAAAGUAACUAGCAGAUCAUCCUCCAAGAAACUUAUUUAUGUUGUAAAGUUGAAUAAAACUAUGAGUGUACUGGAAUGUAAUAAUACACGUCCUUAUUCACUAUGAUGUGUGAUUUGGCUCCAAACGAUACUAUUUUGAUAUAAAGAUCAUUUGUUAUCUCUA